AAAAGUUAAAACCAAAAUGACACCUCAACAAAAUUCAACAUUGAUUGAUAACAAUCUUGACGGCUGCUUGCCACUGCCCGAAGAACUUACGCGCUACAGCCCCAUACUGCCACCCAAGGUUGCACAAAAUCUGUACCAGGAUAAACUCAAAAACCACCCCAAGCAUACUUACGCCUCCCGAUAUGAAAAUCUAAAUGCAGUUGUGGGACCAACAGGCCAUCAACACAAAUACAAACAUUACCGCAGUGGGAGUAGCCGCGGAGGACAAAGUCGUCGUAGUCGAUCUAUAUCGUUACAUGGCGUUAAUAGUACAGUGGAACAAGGAAACAAAGAAAUUCCGAUCUGGUUGGAUGACGAACCACGCUAUGUUUCCGGUGUAACGAAUAAAACUACUUGCAAUGACAUUAUCAAAGCCUUGAUUGAUGAUGAAAUUCAAAAUGGCAAUUAUACGUACUGCAAGCGCUCGAAAGAUGGCACAGCAUCGCGUGACUACAGCGAUUACGUUAUAACGGAAAGUUGGCGCGGUAUCGAGCGCAGCUACGAUGGAAACAUGGCGAUUUUGCCAGUGUGGAAAGCCUGGAGCCGUGUACACAAUGAGCUUCGUUUGACUUUAAAACACAGGGAAGAUAUAAAGGAACCACUAAAACAAAUCAAAACAAAAAGCGCCUUUUCCUCUUUAAUAAAGUAUUUAUGGAAAAUUCUCAAAUUUUCAAAGCAAAAUAAAGUGAGUACAAAUAACAUAAAAUCAAGCACAAAAGAAGAUAUCCCAGAUGAGAUAUUAUUCGUUAUAUUGCCUGAUGAAGACUACAAUAGUAAGGAAUAUAAUUCAAAACCAACGAAUAAGUUGGUGAAGCCCUCUACGGAAGAAGAAGCAAACAAAAAUUUCUUAAAAGAAAAACUCUAUCGCCUCUCUGAAACCCGCUCUUCCAUACGUAAACGUCGUUCAAGCAGAAAGCACAAGGCUAAGCAUUUGCUCGAAAGGAAGCGGAACACUUCACAACAGAACAAUAACUGCAUUCGGAGAAGGAAAGACACAGCAACACGCAACUCAAUUAGAAAUAAGCUGGCUCAAAAAACAUCUGAAAUGAACGAACUUUACCAACGAGAGUACGCACUUACCAGGCAGCUCACCAGCAAGUGUAAACUCUAUAAAUUGCAAAAUGAACUUUACACCAACACUGAACGACAACUGGAUCUUUCGGUUGGAGAGAUACAAAAAAAUAUUGAGAAUUAUGCCAAGGAUAUAAUACGUACCGAGCAUGAGCUUCUCGCAAUAAAAAACGAAAUUCAGCAGGAUAUUUCAUUAAUUAAUAAUCUGAAACGCCUGACACUUGACCCAGAGACAACAGCGGAAGUAGAAACUGAAGCAGAAGGCGAUGUUAAUAAAGGUGACGCACUCACUGAUAAGCGAAGUCUUCAAGUUGCUAAAAUGGAAGAAUGCGAAGAGCAAAUGAAAUUCGUUGACAACAUUUACGAGUUUUGCGAUAACAACGCGAGUAUGUUAGUCUAGAUCUAAAAUUUUCCUUCGUUAAGUUUAAAAAGUUAAAUAUUAUAUAAAUAUAUGCUAAUUUACUAUAUUAGAAGCAGAAAGAACUGAU